CCAUGGAAGCAUCAGUGCUGAGCCCUACAUCCUGGGAAAAACGAAGGGCCUGGCUACGACAGAGCCGUAACUGGCAAACCCAGGUCCUGGAAGAGGAGGCUGCAGCUGCCCUUCAGGAUGCACUGGAUCCCGAGCCUUCCAGCCUGGAUGAUGUUUUCCAGGAAGGGAAUCCAAUCAAUAAGAUCGAGGACUGGCUGCAGGGCUGUGGAGACACUGAGGAGGGACUUUCUGAAGAAGCAGGGCAAUCCAACUAUAACGGGUACUCUAGCCAUGGGACCAGCUUUGAAGAUGACUUGAGUCUUGGAGCAGAUGCCACACUACUGGCCACCAAUGGAAACCUCUUCUCCAGGAAUUUUCUCCAGACACCCAGGCCUUGCCAAUUACUUGAUCUUGGCUGUAGUUUGGCUUCCAGCAGCAUGACUGGUGGGACCAACAAAACUAGUUCAAGCAUCUCAGAGAUUUUGGACCAGGUACAAGAAGAUGCAGAAGAUGUCCUCUUCAGUCUGGGCUUUGGCCACGAGGACCACAAAGAUACAUCUCGUAUCCCUGCAAGAUUUUUCACCAACCCCUCUCAGGCCAAGGGCAUUGAUUUCCAGCUCUUCCUGAAAUCUCAGAUGCAGAGGAUUGAGAUGGAGGAUCCCUGCCUGAUGCUGGCCAGCCGGUUUAAACAGGUGCAAACACUGGCUGUCACUGCUGAUGCUUUCUUCUGUCUCUACUCCUAUGUGUCUAAGACACCUGUCCAAAAGUUCACGCCUUCCAACAUGUUCUGGAAUUGUGACCCAACUGAUGUGCCAUCCAUCAGGAUUCUGGCUCCAGAGCCUGAACCCCACUCACCCAGAGAACGUCUACGGAAAGCAAUCUCUAAAAUGUGCCUGUAUACAGGUUCCCGAGAUCGGCUGUUACCAUCUCACACUAACCCCAAAAGGAACAGUUUGGACCAAGUUGUGUGGGAAGUGAUGGACAGAGUAAAAGGAGAGAAGCUAGGUCUCCAGCAAGGCCCAGGGCAUGGGCAAGCACCUCAGGAAGAGUCUGCGCCCCCAGGACAAAAUACAAAGCUGUCCACCUCUUCUAUUCCAUGUGUUUUCUGCCCUAAAGAAGAAACUGAGGGAGAUAUGUGCUGUGCUCAUGCUCUAGCCAGCACAGGUCCACAGUGCGACACAGACUCUGCACAGAUAAGGAGAGAGCUGUGGGGUCUACAGGCCAUCAAUGAGAAGCCCCAUUCAGCUGAGAAGGAGAGUCCAUGGGAAAGAAAAGGCAAAGCAAGAAAGAGCCUAUUUCAAAGUCCUCCCUUGGACAAGAAUAUUAAAUCACUGGACUUGUCCAUCAUACAGAAGAAACGAAAACAGAGCCAAGCCAGACAUGAGCUACACCAAUCUCUAACUCAGCAGCUUCAGGGUGCUUCUGACUUGGAGCAGGUAACCAUUAAGAUCUAG